AUUAAUUUAUUGAUAGUCAAAAACAAAUUAUUUAGAAGUUUCUCAACAAUCUAAAAGAAUUUCAAUAAUUAUUGUGUAUGCUAAGUUUGUAUAAUUUCACGAGUGAAUAACGGCACCAGAUGUCGCUUAGUUUACUUUUCAUCGUGAAUCUGCGGCCCGUUUCACUGAAGUGACAUGGCGUCCGGGUAGGAAGAAAGUUGAUUGUUAAAUAAGCGUUAAUGUUGUUUUUAUGACAUUAAUUUGAGCUCAAAAAUAUAUCCGAGACCGCGAAUUUUUCACAGACACUGGCAUUGAUGGUAAUGCAUGCAAGGAAACCACAAAGGAUCAGCGAUGGGUACUUUGAAAAGCACCAGGCCCAUCCCUAUCAGAACACUAAGUAUAGCGGUUCCAAAGGCUACCCUUCAUCAGCCGUAUCAUCAGACAGUCGUUACGAGCAGCGAAUGCGUGAUUCUCCAAAUGGCAAUUCGUAUAGUCCAGCUGGUGGACUGGGAAUUGGCAUGCCAGUGGAUCGCGAAAGUCCACGAAGCUACACAACCAAACCUCUUUAUAAGAAGGAGAGAGAAAAUAGAGACUACAAGUUAUCUUCUUCGAGAGAAAAGUAUUCCGAUUGUGCACGAUCUCCAAAAGACAAAAGAAGCCGUGAAGGACGAGACUCGGAGCACAGGACCAAUCAUGAUAGGAGUGGUGGAGAGAUCUUACAUCCCAUAAAAUUAUCAUCAAAUUCAUCAAGAGAUUCAUCACAGCGGAAACCAGCACAUAAUUCAUGUCAGGAUAAGCGCGGAGAUGAACGAGGUGGUGCGAUGGAAAGAGCAGCCAGGUUUGGCGACUGGUCAGAACAUUUGAGUUCUUCGGGUAAAAAGUAUUAUUACAACUGCAAAACAGAGGUUUCUCAGUGGGAAAAACCACGAGAAUGGAUCGUCCGAACUGACAGUAGGCAGCGUCAAUCGAACGAUUAUUCAUCUAGGUCAAGUCACGACAAACAUUCCAACUCGCGUUCAAAUAGUAGCAGUAAUGUGCGGGAUAGUAAAUCAUCUUCUCGACAGACAGAAAAACGUGAAUAUUGGAGCUCGUGUUCAGCUAGUAAUACUGCGGGUGGUAACAGUGUUGGUAGUGGCACGAGUAGAGAUGAAGUGGGUUCGCGAGAACGUGAAAAAGAACGCGAUCGUGAACGAGAACGAGAUAGAGAACAGCGGGAGCGAGAACGUGAACGAGAACGAGAACGUGAUCGUGAGCGUGAACGAGAGAGAGAAUCAUCUCGAGAAGAAGUUUGUGGAGAACGCCAAGCACAGGAUAUGGACAUUUCUCCAGGAGAUUCAACACCCACGUCAGAACCGCAAACGUCGAGUGCUCAUGAAUCACUGCCACAGGGACCUGUACUUCUUGCAACAGCGUUACCACGACUAACAUCGCAUCCCCCCACAACACCACAAACACCCGGUAAACUGUCCAGUUCCCCAACACUCACGCAACCUGGCAGUAGUAAUGCACCCGGACCGCCAGUCACUUUGGCCAAUUUACCUAGACUUUUAUCUCAAAUAACUGGAAGUAAAGAUCAGAAUGAUAUUGCUUCACAAAAAGCACUUCAGACAAUCCAAACAGCUCUUUUCCUGUCUCGACAGUCAGGAAGUAGUAGCAAUGACCGAGCAGGUGGAAAUAGUGAUGUUAUGGCGCCUCUUAAAGUGGAUACUAGUGGCAAUGUUACACUAACAAAUGAGGGACCACCGACUCCGACGCAUUCUGAAACUCAGGAUUGCAUCGAUGCUCGAAAGUCAAGCCCUGGAGGAGGAAAUGUUGGUGUUCAAGGUCUUAGCUCUCUUCAAGGAUUGAGUACACUAGGUUCUCUUAGUAAUCUUGGUAAUAGUGGUGGUCUUCAAGCACUGUCGAGAGUACAACCACCGCUAACACCUUCUCUCACUCCAUCACUUGCUAACCAUUAUAGGGAAGAUUUAACACAGCAUGUUCGCGCUUUUCCAGCAGAUAUCCUGGAAAAACAGGCCCAAAAGCUAAGUGAAGAAGCUCAUACAAUGGGUAGUUUACAGUGUACAAGAGUUUCCGCAGAGCUUAAGACUGCACGAUCAAUAGUAAGGCUCACAGAAAUUCAAGCAACACUUCAAGAACAAAGGAUAUUAUUUCUUCGCCAACAAAUUCAAACAUUAGAGGAAUUAAAAUCACAAAAUUCCUUUAUGUCUGACGAUUCUUAGUGUAAGGGACUUUAUAAAAGUUAAUUAAUUAAUAAUAUUAAUAAAAAAAAAAUAAUGAUAAUAAUGAUUAAAAACCUUUAGAUAAUUCACGCAAGUAAACAAGAGUAAACAUAAUUAAUAUUCUCAUUAAUGUUAAAAAUAAUUAAGAAAUGUACCUAAAUUAUAUCAUUAAAAAUAGAAGUGAUAUACAUUAGCGAAUGAUGAUUGGUCUGCCUAGAGAGGAUAGGCUUUGCUUGUCAAUCGUUAUAAUUUUUAUCAUUAUCAUAAAACGAUUCGAUUUUGUUACUAUCGUUUUUUCAUUGUCAUUACGUGUCAUCAUUACACAAAUAUUUGUCAUUGUGCAUUUUCAUUAAAUUUAUAAUGUUGUUAUAGAUAAUUAAAAAUAAGUAUGUAAUUCUAUACUCUGGGAAACGCACUAGGCCUAUCCCCGCAAAGCAGUAACGAAAAUCAUUCGAUUUGAUGUAGGGGAAAAGUGUUAAGUUAGAUUGUAUUAGGACCAUUGGUUCUAAUCUGCAAACUGUACUGAAUUGUAUAUUUAAAUUCACAUUAUCUUUAUACUACUUGUGUUGUAUAUGUCAGUGUUUCGUAUAUGGAGCAGCAUUUUAAUUCGUUGAUUAAAACGAUGAAGAAACAAAAUUAUUUGUUGUAAAACUAAUAAUAAAAUUCAUAUAAUACGGUUUAGGAUCACAUGAUUUACCAUUUUAUUCACAUUUUUAUAUACUUUUUUAAUUCAUUUGCUUGGUCUUAUCUCUGUUGAUUGUAUGACCAAAUGGUCACUGUAUUAAAUAAUAAUAAUAAUAAUAAUAAUAAUAAUAAUAAUGAUAACUAUAACAAUAAAAUUAAUAAUUAUUAAGUCUUGCCACCAAAUUUCAAUAGGCUUGUUCCAAUCGUCAUUUGUAAAAAGAAGUAGUAAUAAAUUGCGAAAAAGCUUUUUUGAGUACAUAAUUACUGAUUUUCAUUUUUUUCAUCACUAAAUAUACUAUCAAUUAUUGAUUAUUGAUUAAUUAUUACCUGAACUACUAUUUUUUACACUUGGAUUUUAAUAAUUCUCUCUAUUACUAGUGAAAAUAGAUUAUUUGUAUUUAGUAUUAUUUGGUUAAGAAGUUUGUUAAUACUUUAGCUGUAUAAAAAAAAUAAUAUUCGUUAGUAAAUAGAUUUCUCAAUUACCAUGAGAAUAAAUAACAAAAUCAACGUUUACCAUUACAACAAAUUUUUAUUAUAAUAAUUAGUCUGAAUCAAAAAUUAAUAAACGAAGAUAAAGGAAAUCGAGGAAAAUGUUUAUAACUAUGGAAUUACAUGAAACACUGGAAAAAAAUGAAAAUUGAAAAAUAAAGA